AUGAAGCAUAGUUGGAGCCCACGUUGGGAAAGAGAAAACCGGACGCCAGCAUUUGCAGACCCAAGACUUGCAGGUAACCUCCAUAAUCCGUUUGGUCAAGACGUAUAUCUCUGGGGCAACGUUCCGGCAAUUGAUGUUCUCAAUUUGGCCCAAAAUGAAGGCAAUAACUUCUCUCGUGAUAUCAUGAUAUUAUUUGCUGCAUCUGGUGAUUUGCGCAAUGUGGUCAAAACCAUCUCCGGGCUUCCUCAGUCCUUUGCACAGCGAAUUGAUGUGACUCUUAACGACCGGAAUUUUCAUGUCGUUGCAAGGAACGCAAUAAUGCUCCUUUUUUGCCUUACGGCGCUGGAGAUGACUUCGAUACCUCCCGGUGGGCUUAGCCAUGCUGAGUCUUUGAUUCACCUCUGGUACUCUGCCUCCUUACCAAAGGAUAUUAUUACCCAGUUGGUAUCGCGUGUGAAAUCUCUAUUUACUGAUGUUUGUGGACAAAUAUCUGCCAAAGCUACUGGGGAAAUUGUGGAGAAGACCUGGAAUUUUUCUCAUAACAGAAGCCUGCAUCUUGCUCUCAAGAAAGAGGAAUGGUACCGAAUGGAGGCGCUCUGUGAAGCUCCCUCAGAUUUAACACAGCAGAAAGCUUUGCAUAUCCGGACGGCCACGACACUUGCUCCGGAGAGGCAAGACUAUCGAGAUCGAUGGUACUUCAAAGACGCCACGCCAUCUGUACGUGUUUCAAAGCAGAAGUUUCGUGAAGAUGGACUUCUCCUUCCAUUUGGGCAUGAUAGGAUCGGUUUCGACCGCCCAAAUCCAACAUUCUACUUGCCUCCAUUUGUCUGGCCAAUGGGCGACAAAGCCGACCCUUUAGAUGGGUGGCCGAUACGAAAAGUUGCCCAAGUACGGACAAUGGCGAAGGAGGACCUAUAUGGUAAACUCUACAUAUACCUUCGGCAUCUCUUCCAGCAGUUCCUAGAUCGCCUAGCAAAUAUAGAGAUACACUUUGAGCUGCUUAAUAUGGACGCGAUCCAGCUUCCUAAAAUCCUCCAGGAGAACAAAUACGCCAGGAUUGAGGUAUCGAAUAUUACUGAUGCUGGGUAUAUGGGCACACGAGAAACCUUGCGUUCAUUGUCCCCUUUGCUGCAACCUCCACAUGAUAAUAUUCAUGCCACCAUCAUUUCUUCGUAUCUGAAUGCAGUAAUGGAAAUGGUCAAUAUAGCCGACGAGGGGGACCAAACGCCGAACAUAAAUUCGCUCAUGGGAUUUCUACCUAUUGACAUAUACUCCUUGCUACAACCGGAGAGUGCCAACAGUUUAAAAUUCUGGGAUGCGAGAACAAUUGUACUUGACCGACACAAAUUUUUUGAGAGGUCAUUAAUGAUUCAAAUUCCCUCACAAUAUGAGCUGACUUUUGAUUAG